AUUUACAAGAAUUUUCUUGCCAAAUUUGUUUUUUUAAAUAAAACUUUUAAGGAAUUGUUGGAAUGUUAUUCCUGAAAGUUUUGUAAAUUUUCAGAAAUUUGGGGAAUUUUUUGCUGAAUUUUUGGAUUUUGUUUUAGCCAAGAAAAUAUUUUUGUGUUACCGUAAAUGAGGAUAACAGGAGGGUUAAGAAGUAGAGGGUGUUGAUAGAUCCUCCAACACACUAGGGGGCGGUAGUAAUUUUGAUAUCCGUGGCACUGGCAACAACGCUGCAAUAACAACACCCGACCGCUAGGUGUCGCGCAUGCGCAAAUAAGUGCUUCUCAGAGUCGAAAUGGACAAAUUUGACGAGGAGCGACUAGAGGUGCCGUUUGGGACAAAGUCUCUGGAUGCCGCCUUGUGUGUCCCUGCCUCAGUGACAGAUGUCCACACAGCCGUCAUCCUCACACAUGGAGCUGGAGGAGAUAUGAACUUCAAACAUCUGCUCUCUCUGGCUCACAGUCUGGCAUCUAAUGGCUUCAUCUGCCUCCGUUUUACCUGCAAAGGUUUAAACUUGAGUUACAGAGUCAAGGCUUACUGUGCUGUGUGGGACUACUUGAAGUCACUCCAGAAGUUUACAAUCAAACACAUGUUUUUUGGAGGCAGGUCGAUGGGAUGUCGUGCAGCUGUGGCUGUGGCUCGACAGUUGAGCAAUGAAUCCGAGGAUCCAGUUCAGGGCGUCAUCUGCCUUUCUUUCCCCUUGCACCCACCGGGACAAACAAGCACCCAUCGCCAACGCAGUGAAGAUCUCAGGAAACUCCCCGAGCACAUGCGUGUGCUGUUCGUGUCCGGCACUGAGGACAACAUGUGUGACAGGGUCCUUUUUAACAAGGUGGUUAAAGAAAUAAAAGCUCAAGUGGAAGUUUUCUGGCUACAAGGAGGCAACCAUGGACUGACAGUGAAAGAAAGAGCUGAGGACUCUGUGCUGGAUGAAGUGAACUCAAAAGUCAUCGCCUGGAUCAACGCUGACGUUUAUAUUUACAUGAACGCGAUUGGCUGGUUCACUUCCGCAUGUUUCGGUGCAGCGAAGUAUGGCAGCAGAACCGUGGAACAGGGUAAACAUUCCCUUUCCAAGUGCCGUUUCCAGCGUCCGUAUACAUUUUCCUUCUGCUACAGGUUUUCGUGUUCAAGGAUUGCUGGUGGCAAACGGGACGGUUCUUCAACUAAUCCGCAGUGAAAUUCUUCAAACGGAGGUACGAGUUCUGUAUGAGCUGCUGUACAUCCUGAACAACAGCUACAGAGGCAACAAGACGUUCAAGGCCUUACAGCAGGUUGAACAAUGUGUAAACAGGCUGAAGAACAUGAAGCUCGACGUUGCCCUGCAGGACCUGGCUGAUCUGUGCCCAAAUAAGGUUCAAAGAAAACUGAGCC